AUGAUCCGAAGGAACAAAGCCGCUCACACAUUCGAAUCAGACGAUCGGAAUUGCGUUAUAUGUCUUCAAGAGACUGGAAUGAUGAGUCGAGAAACAGGUCUCAUCGAACUCCAACUACGUCUGCCAUGUAAUCACGUUGUCGGCUCAGGCUGCAUUUCCAUCUGGCUCAAAGAAAACAAUUCUUGCCCCCUUUGUCGGCAGAUGUUCUUUCCCGCACAGCAUCGCCCAUAUCUCGAGCAUGCCAUCGUGGAAGGUAGAGAAGAUCGCGACCCUGAUGGAGAGCAAGAAGAUCGCGACCAAGAUGACGAAGAGGGUCGCCUGGAAAUCUUGAAGAAUCUUUGCGAAUACUACUGCCCUCAGCUUCGCCUGGACGAACCGAUCAGUGAUCUCGCCACGAUCAUAAGCCAUCAUGUCUCACGUCUAGUCGUUAUAACCCCCUUGGAUCUUGACGUCCCAAUCCCAUUCGUCCAUCCAUACUGUAAAAAUAGCAUAGUCGCGUUGGGCAUCUAUAUAACCUCGUGUAUUUCAGGCCAUCCCAGGUCUCCCAGGGAGAUUUGUGGGGUGAGAGAUGUCGACGGUGAUCUCAUUCGAGAGGCUUAUGACAUCCACGGGGACUUCAUUCGAGAGCUUUACAGCGCCAUCUACGGGAGAAGGGAGGAACUCAUCAAUGACGCUAUCCUUCAGCUGUUAGAGGAUCCCGCUAUACUGGUUUGGCCUUUAAGCGGCCAUGAGAUGUCUGACGACCAAAUCCAGAGCAGCCGAGACGUGCUCGCAAUGAAAAAGCUUUGCGCGAAGUAUUGUGACCGACUCCGGGUGAGCUUCCCACUCGACGAACUAUCACAACACAUCGCAGCCAAUUUGAUCCAUACAGGCUUCGAGUUGCUAAGCUAUCCGGCAACCUCGAGGUACGUGUCCCAAUCGGAAGUUGCUGCUGUGAGCUUAUACAUCGCGUCUCAUCUUGCCGGUCAGCCCGUUUCUCGAAGAGCAAUCCAGAGCCUGAUGGGGGCGGAGUAUGCGGACAUCCGGUCCACUUACAGAGUUGUUCGCGACGUGUGCGAUCAGCUCGUCGGUGAAUCUUUCCGCGAAGAUCUCGGUGUCCACUUGAGUUGGGAGACCCUCGAGACCGACGUCCGUGAGGAGAGUGACGACGGCAGAGAUGGAGACCAUGAAGAUGACGACGCGAUGGAAGAAGACGAGAGUAAUGACGGCGAAAGGGCUACAGACACCGGUGACGCCGCCGUGAGUGCUGUGACCUCUCGUAUACAAGAGGUACAGGGUCUCUGCAAUGAUUACUGCAAUCGACUUUCGCUCACCGAUGACCGAAUCAAAAUUCUAGCCCUGGGACUCGCCGAACGAUUCACUCCUCUCAUGAUUGCCCCCCACUGUUGCCCGGAGAGCAUUGCUGCAACUUGCACUUACAUUGCAUGUUGGUACUGGGGCCAAGAAACUACUUACGAGGGUCUUGAAGCGGUAGCGGACGUGAGUGCUGACGCAAUACUCGGUUCCACGGAUCAUUUGUUGUCCAACACACUCGUUGAGGGCGGGGUCAGUCUGGACGGUAUCAUUGAGUCGCUAGUAGUAUCCGAUCCUCGGAUGAGGUAA